AUGUUCGUCGCAUCAAUUUAUGAAGCUAUUUAUGUAGUUCCACAAAUUCCUAUGAUUGCAGAACGAUUCGGAGUAUGGCAGAACGUGCACGUACUCGAUAUGUACAGCGUAGGAAACACAACGUCCACCGCGAGGAUUCGCUUUCAUAUUCAAUCAUGGUACGACGAAGUAGAAGACUUCGAUUCUGCGGAAUUCGGAUUGGUGAAUUUCGCAGCGCGGAGCAACCUGUCUUACAUUCCGUUCGCGUCGUCGACAAUUAGGCAGAUCGGUUGCGGUCGUGCAAUUUACACGGGCAGGUCCGGGCAAUCGACAAGCAGUAGCACAGACACGCCAAUAGCCGGCCGUACAAUGGCAGUUGGAUUCGGGGAUCGCGUAGAGGCCCUCGUGUGCAAUUACGGCCCACUCGAUCGGAACACAGCAAGAGAACUGUACGAAGAUGGUGUGCCGGCUCUUUGUCCACCGGGGACGAUCCGCAGUUCACGAUACCAAGCCCUCUGUCAAAAGUUUCAGAAGCGGCAGUCGCAAAAGGUGCAGCACAAGAUUCAACAGAAGCAAGAUAAAAGGAACGAUCGACCGAUGAACAACGGGGCAUUCUUAAUCAAAUCGACAAUUUAUCUUAUUCAACUGGUAUUAUUAUUGUUGUCGACCACUUAUCGUCGUUCCCUGCUCUAGCACUACCA